GGAUCCCCCGGCUUUAGGGAGUUACUUUUUGGGGCUCAACCCCACCCCCCUUCGGCUCCGGGAUAGGGCUGAUUACUCCUCGUUUUCUCAAUUAAAUCCCGGUUGGAAGCGAGCAGUGGAUUCUCGUUUUCAAAGGCACCGGAUUUGUGGGAUUUCACGCCUGUCUUUAUUUUUGGGCUGCUCGGAGCAGGGUGACCCGGGGCAGGGUGACCCAGCACAGCCCCCGUGAUGCCCCCGCUCCCCCCGGCGCGUCCCAGCCAAAGUUCUGCCCCGUUUGUGCUGACUCGGCCCCGACGUGCGGAAACGGCCUCCCGCCCCAGCUUCCCGUGCUGUGCCGGUCCCGCCCGGGCUCAUCCUGCCGCUGCCGGGCGUCCGGCGGUGCCGUGUCCCCUCCGUGUCACCCCCUGUCCCUCUCCAGCAUGUGGCUGCUGCUCGUCCUGCUGCUGCCGCCCGCGGUCCUGUCCGCCCAGCGCUGCGAGCCCCCCCCGGGGCCGGCGGGGGCCGUGCGGGCGCUGAGCGGGCGGCUGCUGGGGCUGGCGGGGGACCCCGCGCGGGACCCCGACCCUGCCACGUACCUGGGGCUGCGCCUGGGCCGGGAGCACAACCUGCAGCUGGAGCAGCACUACCUGGAGAGGCUGCACCGCGCCUUCCAGCACCCCUACGGCAGGAGCGUGCAGGCCCAUGGCUACCCUGAGCAGGAUGCUGAGCUCAGCACGUACGUGGGCGCAGAGCGGCCACAGACGGGGCGGCUGGCGCUGUACCUGCUGGGGCUGAGGGCCACCUGUCCCCCAACCAAACCCCACCGGGCGCUGGUGACGUGGCUCAAAUACUACCUGGAGGAAGACUGGACAGGCUCCCGGCGGCACGGCCACCCCCUCACCAAUUACUACCAGUACGGGCUGGGUGUGCUGGCACUGUGUGCGCACCACAAGCGGGUGCGGGAGGAGGUGAUCCGCCGGCUCCUGGAGGCACAGCACCGCGGCCGGCUCGGGCACAGCACCGUGGACACGCAGGCCGUGCUGGCACUGGCCUUCGCCUGCCUGGAGCGCAGGAGGCUGGUGGGGGCCGGGCUGGCGGCCGAGCUCCGGGACACCGUGCACAGGGUGAGCAGGAGCAUGGCCCAGGCUCAGGGACCCGAGGGCAUCAUCGGCAACAUCUACAGCACCCCCUGGGCCCUGCAGGUGUUCCUGGCCACAGGCAUGUGCCACACGGAGCCAGCUUACAGCCGGGCCAUGGCUGCGCUGCUGGAGAACCUGGAUGCCUUCGGCACGGCCACCACCAUGGCCCAGGUGCUGCCAGUGCUGCACGGCCACUCCUACCUGGACGUCGCCUCCAUGAGCUGCCAGGAGGAGUUGGAUACACUGACACCCCUCGAUGUGGAGCCCCCGACUGAGGUGCCAGGGAACAAGACAGUGCGGCUGGUGGUGGAGUGUGCCCAGCCCUGGUGUUCCGAGCUCCAGCUCUACGACCGGCGAGUGUCCACGCCCGCCGCCGCCUCCCUGCUGGAUGUGCUCGGGGCGGCCACUGCACAGGAACCCCACUUCAGGUUUGACACCCAGGACACCCCUCAGGGCCCCUACCUGACCCAGGUGCUCGGGCUGGAGGCCCGGCAGGAGAAGCGGAACUACUGGCAGCUCCUGACAGCCCCCAGCACCCCCCUGCUGACAGGUGUCGCCGACUACAUUCCCCACGAUGGGGAGACCCUCAUCCUGCGCCUCAGCGAGUGGUAGAGGGUGGGGGGCUGUAGGGGGUGAUGGCAAUGAAACCUCCACUGUGGGCACAGGA